CAGAAGCCUGACACGGAUCUCACUGGGCUACAAUCUAGCUGUCAGCAGGGCUGGCUCCUUCUGGAAGCUCCAGGGGAGAAUCUGCUAACUGGUCUUUUCCAGCUUCUAAAGGCCACCUGCCUUCCAUGGCUCGUGGCCCCCUCCUCCAUCCUCAAAGCCAGCAGUGGCCAGUGGAAUCUUUCUCACAACCAGUCCCUCUAACACUGAUGGUUCUGCCUCCCUCUUCCCUGUUGAAGGACUCGUGGGAUUACAUUGAGCCCCUGUGGUUAAUCCAGAACAACCUUUCCAUCUCCCCAUCAGCUGAUUAGGAACCUGAAUUCUAUCUGCAAAUUUAAUCCACCCCCUCCCCCUUGCCAUGUAACGUAACACGUUCACAUGUUUAGAGGGGUUGGGAUGUGGACCUUUCGUGGGCGGGGAGACACUCACUCCGUCUCAUAUGCAGUGAGCUCACAAGGGCCUUUGUAACCUCAUCAUCCCCUGGGACCCAAAUUUACAAGGCGUCCCUCCCACAUGGUUGCUGGAUGGGCAAAUUUCUCACCAGGGAUUUGAACCUAAGUGUCCUGACCCUCCAGCUGCCAUGGAAGCCCAACCUGAGGAAGGUCAGAAGUCUUGCUCGAGGGUCCAGACCCUGUUUAAGAGGGUCAAGUCCUUACUCACCAACCCACCCCCCUCCUUGAACCUGGGCUGUACCCAUGUAUAUGGGUACGUCUUUGGGCACGUGCCUGAAAGCAAACUGGAGCAUCUCCCAACGCAGCAGCGGACCGGGUCUGUCCUGCAGGUGCUGGACACUGGAGAGCAGCUGAUGGUCCCCACGGCUAUCGUGGAGAUAGAUAAUGCGGGAGCCUUGUGGAAGUUUCUCCUCUUGGGAGCCAUGGCUGGGGAGGUGUCUCACCCGGGCAUGGCCCCUCUGGACUGUGCCAAGGUGUACAUGCAGGUCUACUCCUCCAAGACAAAUUUCAUGAAUUUGCUGGGAGGUAUACGGAGCAUGGUCCAGGAGUGGGGUGGGGGUGGGGGUGGGGGUGUCUCCUUGCUAUGGAGGGGCAAUGGUAUCAACGUACUCAAGAUCGCCCCGGAGUAUGCCAUCGAGUUCUCUGUCUUUGAACAGUGUAAGAAUUACUUCUGCGGAGUGCAUGAGUCCCCACCCUUUCAGGAAUGACUCCUUGCCAGCUCCCUGGCUGUGGCCACUUCCCAGAUGCUCAUCGACCCCAUGGAGGUGCUGAAGACAUGGCUGACCCUGUGCCAGACUGGCCAGUACAAGGGGCUGCUGGACUGCGCCAGGCAUAUCGCGGAGCAGGAGGGCACCCGCGUCCUUUACCGUGGCUACCUGAUGCUUGGCAUAAUUCCCUACGCCUGCACCGACCUGGCUGUCUACGAGAUGCUCAGGUGCCUCUGGCUGAAAUCAGGCAGGGACAUGGAGGACCCCAGUGGCCUGGUCAGUCUGUCGUCCGUGACACUGUCCACAACUUGUGGCCAGAUGGCCAGUUACCCACUGGCUUCGGUGCGCACCAGGAUGCAAGCCCAAGACACCGUGGAGGGUUCGAACCUCACCAUGUGUGGAGUCUUCCGGCAGAUCCUGGCCCAGCAGGGCUGCCCGGGGCUGUACCGAGGUAUGACCCCCACGUUACUGAAGGUGUUGCCAGCAGGUGGCAUCAGCUACGUGGUGUAUGAAGCCAUGAAGAAGACCCUGGGCGUUUAAGCAGUGAACUAGGCAUACCCUGGACAGAAAUGGACAGGAGGAUCCAGUGUCCCCUGGCCCCAAAGAACCCCUCCAGGCUUGGGACCCAGGGUGGUUUUUGUCAGAAGCGGGCUGGGGGCCUGGGUCAGAAGAUUCCUGGAGGGACUUGCCUGGUGGCUCAGAGUUUAAGAAUCCACCUGCCAGUGCAG